AUUCUAACCACUGCCUCUCCCUCAGGUGUCGCCUUCAUGACCCCCUACCGGAUCCUCAAUUCCAACCCUACCCGCGCCAGCGAAGCCGUCAACAUGAAUCUGUCGACCAACCAGUUUAGCGGACUCGGCCGUUCUCUGAGCUUCUGGCAGGGCACACAUGACUGGUUCCUUGCCUCGGUCGCCGCCGUCGCGCUGCUGGCCGAGUUCCUCCCCGCACUGCUUAGCAACGUGCCCUAUCGGGUGGUCCAAACCUCUGAGACGCACACGGCGUGCGUGUACCUGUCUUGCGCGGUCCUGGGUCUCAUGCUCCUCGUCACAUGCGCCUCGUUCCUCGUGGACUGGCCGCACAUGCCCGUCGACCCGAGCACGCUUGCCGGCGCAAUGUACUACAUCUCGCCUGCGCGCGGUGGCGGCAGCGGCGGUGCCCUCGUUUCAGGACAUGUGCCCGCCGUCAACACUCCUUAUUCUGCGGCUACUACGCAAGCAUACGACCCGCCGCCAGGAGCUGAAGCUGGCGCGUACAUAGACUACACAUACACAAAUACGGAAGCAUUACAGCCUAUCCAAAACAGCAACAGCGACACAUUCCACCAACUACCACCGCCGGCUCAUCAUCAGCAGGGCGUCCAACAAGAGCAGCCCACCGAUGUGACGGCGGCAGCAGCAGCAGCAGCAGCAGCACCAGCACCAGUAGCCGUAGCAGUCACGCGCGAACCGUCAACUGCCCCCCAGCCAGCGAGCUCGCUGUACCAUUACGAAGUCCCACCGCCACGGACCUGAGUCGCAGCGAAGAUGCGUGCAAAAAAAAAAAAAAAAGAAAACCCAAUGACGACAUUUACUUAUUUCCUUCUCGUCUCUUGUAGCAUAUUUGCGAUCAAUCAAGUGUAAGCGUGUUCAUGGUCGGGCGUUUAGACGGACUGUUUUCUGUGGACACGGGCAGGAGACACGGGCAAGUAGAUUGAUAGAAGGGAUUAAUAAAGGAUACAACUUGGCCAUA